AUGCCAAAUGUGUCGAUCCCAGGCAUGCCAAAUGUGUCAAUCCCAGGCAUGCCAAAUGUGUCAAUCCCAGGCAUGCCAAAUGUGUCGAUCCCAGGCAUCCCCUCGUUCAAUGGCACUUCUGGCGGCGUCACUGUCAACCCUGACGGGAGUGUGACCAUUGGUUCCACCACGGUCUAUCCUAACGGCACGUAUGUCACCAGCGACGGCCAAGUAGUCAACCCACCCACAAACCCCGACGGUUCUGUAACGGUCGGCGGCAUGAACUUCUUUCCGAAUGGGACAAUUAUUGGCUCUGAUGGGAAACCCGUUAACCCUGGCGGGUCGAUUCCAGGCCUCAUGCCAAAUGCCCCUCCCCCUCCUCCGCCCAAGCCUGCUGGUUUCAUUGCAACACCUGCCCGCCUGGUGACUGGGUUCAUCUCACUGCUCGCCACUAUGCUCUUCUUUGCAUAA